GGCAAAAAUAAACAGAGCGAGGUCUGUUGAAUAAUCUGCCACAAGUUUAGUGCCAUUUUUUGGCCAAAAAGAAACUAAAGAAUGGACGAUCCACCAUUUAAAUUGGUACGUUGAAUAACAGAGAAAUUAUUUCUUUCCAUAAAAGAAUUGUAAAAGAGAAUUCUGAGGAAAUACGUCAAGACUACUUGUGAAAUACAUGAAAUAAUCUGGGUAAAAUUUCCGCACAGCCCCAAACUUCAUUAUGCAUUCAGUUCUUGGAUAGAGAAAACAGUGACAAAAACAAUACAUUGCCAUUGGAAAAACAGAUUUGCUUUAGAAUAGUAUGGGGCUGUACCAUAACCUAUUCUAAUUUGUUAGAGUAUCUUGUUUGAAUUAAGAUCUCCUUUUUCUCCAGCUCAUGCAUCUGUUUUUAUUUAAGAUUUUACGAGUUUUUCUUUUAUUACAGGAAACAGUGAACAAGCUAUUGCAGCAAUUUUUUCGCGACAAACAGAAGACAAAAUGUAAGUUUUAAACUCGAGAUACUACACGCACACGAAGACUGGGUCGAGGAGUUGCGGGUAGUGAAUAAGGAAGAGGGAUGAAGCAGUAUUGCAUUACCAAACAAUUAAUAUUUACUGAGCUAAAACAAGAGUGAAACAAAUGGCAAGCAAAGUUUCAGCUAGCUCCAGCUCUGUUCCUUAAGCCAGAAUUGCAUUUGAAAUCACACCAUACCCCUCUCCACUGAUGCAGACUCCAUAUCAGACCUACCAGUUUCUAAAUGUCUCAUACAAAGCAUCUAUCAAAAGGCUAAAACAAGUAGUCAAGAAAUAUUGAUAUUUGCUGAUGAUUAAAAUUAGUCUUGGGAAGUUUUCAUAAAAAAUCUUGAAAAUCUCUUACAAAACCCUUCAUACCUUUAUCCCCAGUCAAGAGGUACUAAAAACCUGAGAGAAAUAAAAUUUCAACAGAGUUAUUUUUUAUUUUAUACUUACAAUUCUUCAUUAACAGCCACUUUCUCACAAUGUCUGCUCUACAACAGUCAAGAUGGCUGGUAUGCAGAAGUUUGCCUGCAAACUGUUACUUUGACAAACUAUCAUAAGUAACAUGAGAAGGAAUUACUGUCAGCUAGUAAAACAAAUAGGGUUGUGUGUAUAACUGCCUUGUGAGUGCCAGACCAUUAAAAUAUAGUGAUAUUAAACGAAGGGAAGAGUUAAUUCCUUACACAGCUGAGAUUUUAUACAUAGUGGGUUGACCCUGCACAGUAAUUUGACUGGUGUUCUUUAUUCCAGUAACCAGUUUAAACUCCUGGCUGAUACUUGGAAAUGAGAGUGGCACCAUUAGAAAUAACUGUCAGACACAAGAACAUCUAACACUGGUCUAGCUAAAGACCUGAACUCUGACCUUUAACUCAUGAGAGCAGUUGGUUAACUACUAGACCACCUCAUUUCCAAUAUGGUUGAUAGCUGCAUACUGCACUGAUACUUGAAUUAAGACAUAAUUUGUAAUUCACAGGUAAUGGAGAUGCCCUAAAGCUAAUGGCAGAAUUGUUAAGGAUCUUUGUUGCAGGUAAAAAUGCUUUACAUAAAGGCGUCACUUAAAAAGUGUGUUUUGGCAUUGUACAUCUAGUUAAAUAUUAAAUUAAAAUCUCAAUCAUAUUUAGACUAGUUAUUUACAUUUCUUUGGAAUGGUUUUGGUGAUUACUCAAGUAUUUUCAUGUUGAAGUUUGCAAGAACUCCUUACGAACUAGAGGCCCUCUUAUUUUGAACUUUGUGAACAAAAUUUCCAGUAUCCUGGAAAGUCUAGUUUGUGUUUAAAACAUCACCAAGAAACUACAGCUGGGCCGCAUUUGCUACUUUUCUGUUCUUACUACAAGAUAAGGUUAUCUGUGAUAUAUUACAGAACAGACACAAAAUAACUAAAAAUUAAUUUGUCAGAUAUAUGAUAAGUGUAGUAUUAUUUUUUCCACAGAGGGAGCAGCCAGGGCUGGAAAACAAGCAAAGGUAUUUUUUGGGUAUUUUGUAUUAUCAACUGAGUUGAUAACAUAAAUUGGCCUCCUUGAAGAGUUUAAAACCUGACAUUUCAAGCAUUAGCCCUUCCUCAGAGCAAUUGGAAGAUUAAAAUCGCUCUGAUGAAGGGCUAAUGUUCCAAAUGUCAGUUUUUAAACUCUUUAUGGUGGCCAAUAUACAUUAUCAACUCAGUUGAUAAUACUAAAUCACCCUGUUAUACUCUCCCAUCAACACAGCACCACAGUUUCUUUACAAAUUUACUCCCUUUAAUCAAAGGUAUUUUUAUAUGAAAACUUAACAGGGUUAUUCCUAUAAUUAGACGUUAGCAAGAACAUUUUACAAAUGGACAAAAAGAGAAUGAUGGAAAUACUUUCAUAUUAAGAAUGAAGUGUAGGGAGGACUUCACCAAAACAUUUAAAGUAUAUUUUGAAACUCCGCUCCAUGUCAACCUUUUGCAAUAAAAAUCUUGUCUUCUAAUUAUCCCCAGAAAGUAUUCGCUCUUUAACUAUUUGGCACUUUGUAGGUUGAAUCCUCGCCAACAGUUGAAACAGAACAUUUGGAAAAGAUUCUGCCCCAGCUGGUAAGAAACCUUAUUAGAAGUAACAGAAGUAUCACAAAUUCAAAUAAAAUUAGAAAAAAAAUAGACUCAGAGAUUUAACAAGAAAAAUUCAUCAAACCAGAAUCUUAACCCUUUACACCUUAACAUCAGUAUGCACAUUCUCCCUUUUGUUAUCUAUACAUUUCUUAAGGUGCUGACAAGGAGAAUUUGUUUAACAAUCAAGAGCUUCUUUGGUUGGUGAUCAUUUCCUUCAUUUGCAUGAUCUCAAAUGAAUGAUUCAGCAGUAUAUUGUCAGGAGAAACUUGAUGCUGUUCACUCCUAGGGUUUAAAGGGUCUUUGGUGAUGAAGAGAAGUCCAAAAAGCUUGAACUUUCUCUAACGUCUUAACCAUGAAACAAUCAUGGAAUGAAAACUUUCUCAUGAGUGGGAUCAUUUAUUGUGUUCUCUAUAUUUUACAGCUUCUCGACUUCUAAUUUUCAAUGACAGCUGCUUCCUCGAAGUGAAACACAGAACAUGGCUGUUUGCACCAUAUUUACAAUAUGUCUAUAUUUAAAAAGCCUAGGAGUGACUGAAUUAAUAAUGGUGACAUUUUCUUAAAGGACUGAAACACUAUAAUUUUCUCAGCAGAGAUUUAAUCAAGUAAGUAUACAGUAUAUGUAUAUUUAUAUAAUAAGCUCAGUUAUGCAUGCAUUCUGAUUGGUUCUCACUUAGGAUCUAUUGAAGGGCAGACGUAUAGAUGACAUCAUUAAAACUUUUUUUCCAUAUAUUUUAAUUCUUUAUUAUAUAAAACAAAUAGAUUCCAAGUUGCUGUGCAUCUGUUCAGUAAUAGAUCACAGAGGAUGUCAAAAUGUGGUAAGAACAUCAGUGACACACUCGGCUGCACCUUGUGUGCCACUUUUUGUUCUUACCACAUUUUGAUGUCAUCUGUGAUCUAUUACUGAACAGACACACAGCAACUUGGAAUCUAUUUGUUAAAUAUAUUUAUACUGUAUACCUACUUGAUUAAAUCUCUUCGCAUUAGUGAAUAUUUGGUCUUUAAGUUUAGUAAACUACAAUUUCUGUAAUUUCUGGCACUGUUUAAAUGUCUAUAAGAUAAGUUGCUAGGAAGAAUCAUAUCAUGCGCUGAAUUGCACACACAUUUGGACAAGUUCUUCCUUAUGAUCUAUGGAGCACAGAUGCAUACAUGUAAAUGAUUUCAUCAUGAACUGCAAUAUUACAACUCUUAUUCCCCAAACACAUCUGUUGUAAUUGGUUGGGUUGGAGAAGAGGCAAGGAUUCACCUCUAAGGUGAAAAGAAAGAAGUCACUUCUUAAGGGAUGGAACAAAGUAUAUAGUAUUUAUAUAGGUUAAGUUCAAGAUUAACCCUUUCCCCCCUAACAUCAGUAUCCAUAUUCUCCAUACUAUUCACUAUACAUUUUCCAAGGUGCUGACAAAGAGAAUUUGUUUAAUAAUCAAGAGCUGCUUAAGUUGGUGAUCAUUCCCUCAAUUCUCAUGACCAUAAUGUUUGAUUCACUGGUGAUAUUGUAAGGAGAAAUUGGAUGCUAGACAUUCAAAGGGGUUGAAGGGUUAAAAGCAAUGAUAGAGGUUGAGGGGGGAUUCUAUUAGGGAUGUGGGAUGGAUGCAUGGGGAUAAAAAAAAAGCAGCUUUAAACACCAGUUGUGCUCUGAGAAGCCUGUGACAAAUUGAAACUAAGGAACAGAACAAAAACUGUGUGUAACUCACAACUGGAGGAUAUACAAAUUUAGAAUUUGUUUUGGUUUUAAUUCCUUUUGUUAUCCUACGCAACUUCACAACCUUAAAGGAG